CUUGUAUUCAGGGCUCUGGCCGAGAUUCAAUCGCAUGAUAUGGUCAUUAUCAGAGAGGACAACCGAAGUUGUGUGACAUUUCACCCGCUGACGCUAAAACUUGCUUAACCAGAUAAUCACGAUAUAAGCCGUCGCAUCGACAUGGAUAAAUCCGUUUAUGACACUCACUUAGAUUACCUACUAGAAAUUUAUAAUAAUGACAACCGUCAUGCAGCUCCAACAUGGGUGAGAAUCAGAAUAAUAUACCGUCAAUUAGAAAUGAUCACCCGAGUGAUGUGCAGGCCUGGCUGAUCGGUAGCGGCAUUGCCUCCAUCACGGCGGCAGUGCAUUUGAUCAGGGAUGCUGGCGUUCCAGGAUCGAAUAUCCACAUCCUAGAUGAACAUGCACACUUGGGCGGAGGCAUGGAAUCUUUCGGGAAUGCUCAGGAAGGUUACUUUCUUCCAUUCGAAUGCCACCCAUAUUUCCAUGGUGGGUGCAUCGAGAACCUCCUUGGCGCUGUUCCUAGUAUCACGCAGCAGGGAAAAUCUCUGCUCGAUACGGUAUACGCAUUUGAGCGUACCGAACGCCCGGCUCCGAAGCAGACUGCUCUAACACGAGCUGUGAAACGAGGGGACUUCGGACCAGAAGCGGUUCGCACGGAGGGUAUCAAUGUUGGGCUAAAGCAUCGACUGGAAUUGAUUAAAUUGCUUCUGCAAAGUGAGGAAGAGCUGGAAUCGAAGACCAUUGACAGCUUUUUUGACCCACCCUUCUUCGAAACAGUAUUCUGGAUGCUAUGGUCAACAACCUUUGCUCUACAGCCAUAUCAUAGUGUGGUUGAGUUUCAACGACACCUCCGCAAAUAUCUAGAGGAGAUACAAUCAUUGAACAAUCUGAAGGUCAUGAACCGAACGCGAUUUAACUUGUAUGAGUCCGUCACAAUUCCUAUCAUCCAUUAUUUGGAAUCCAAGGAAGUGGACUUCCGUCUCAACGCCAAAGUAACGGAUCUCCGAUUCUCUUCUGAAAGCGACCUGAAUACAGUAUCUGAAAUUGAACUGAUGAGCAAUGGAGCGCAGCACCUGGUGCCUGUGAGCCCUAGAGAUGUUGUUAUUACUACCCUAGGUUCUACAGCAUUAGGUGCUACUUUUGGAUCUAACAUAUCUCCACCACCAAGACGAUAUGGCACAAAUAGGCACGCAAGUAGGGAGUGGGAAUUAUGGGAAAAGCUCUCUUCCAAGUCCGCAAAAUUUGGAAAUCCAGCUCUAUUCCUCUCUCAUACAAAGCAAUCAAUGGUUGUGAUUUUCACAACCACUUUCUUGGGCAUGGAGUUCUUGCAACUCUACGAAAAGCUGACACAGGAUAGCCCAGGAACCGGGGCACUGCUCACACUCACACAGAGCAACUGGUUAAUUACUAUUAGCAUCCCGCAUCAGCCGCUUUUCAGCAAUCAGCCGGCUGACAUCAAUGUAAUCUAUGGAUACGCGCUAAACCCGACAGUGGAAGGAAACUAUAUGAAAAAACCUAUGCUUGCAUGUUCCGGGGAGGAAAUUCUGUUAGAAACCCUCUCACAUCUCGACUUCCCAGUUUCUUCGAUGCUAGCUACAUCAAAGACUAUCCCGUGCGCGAUGCCGUUAGGGACUGCUCCCUUCCUAGCACAUAGCCGACAGGAUCGUCCUGCUGUUAUCCCUGAAGGUACUACUAACAUUGCCUGUGUCGGUCAAUUUGCGGAGAUUCCGGAAGAUACUACUCUGACGGUGGAGUACAGCGUUCGUGGCGCGAAGCUGGCUGUCAAUGAACUAAUGGGACUGCCAGACGCGUUGCCAAAAAUUAGGAAAAGUCUACUUUUGGAAGUUUUUGAUUUGAUGCUGUAAAAUAUGUAUUCCCAGUGUGAAUCUAGG